AUGGCAGGAAGAUAUGUCGAGAUCUCCAACGGCGUCAAUGAGGGGAUGGCACGAGCCCAUGCGGACUGUGCACGAGUUCUGGCGAGCGGGUCACCCACGUGGGACUCCGUGGACUCCGACAGAGUCUGGGUCGGUCCAGCACUGGUUCAUCUCGGUUUAGCCCAAAGGUAUUGGAAGAGAUCGGCUGAAGUGGAAGACGGUGACUUGCGACUCUUCACCGAUUUAUCGUGCAUCGUGGCAGAUGUUGACGCAUCGGCCGGUGGUUAUGGUUUCGUCUGGCGAGACCGAGAAGGUAAGAUCGUGCGGGCGGAGGCCAAGGUCCAGAGUCGCUCCAUGGCUGUGGGAUCGUGGCACUGCAAUAGACGAGAACUCUUCGUUAUUGCGGCCUGCCUGCGACGGCUUGACGAAGAAGUCCAUCUUUUUCCGCAUUUGCGGGAGGUAGAGAUUCGCGGCGAUAGUCGUGUGGCUGUUCACCAGGCCGAUCCAUGGAAUGUACCGGCGUGUAAGAGUGUGGAGAGGCGUGCCAUUCUUCGUCUCCGUGGCGUUGUGGCGGAAGUGACUCAUGCUUUGAACUGUUCGACCCCCUCUGUGUCGGUGAAGUUCUCACAUCUACCGGGAGAACGUAACGGUAUUGCUGAUGCACUAUCUAGGGUCUCGUUAUCUCUCAAGUAUGUACCGGUGCCAGAUGGUUCGUCUGCGAUGGGUAUCGUUCACUGCGACGCUGUUGAGGUGCACUCGUGGUUAUCGGACCGAUCGGCUGGAAUCCACUCCAUUCCAUCAUUUCGUCGUUGGAAGGCUUUGCGCGUAGCUUUUUUGGGAUGGUGCGGUUCGGAUGCCCCAUCACCACAGGCUGAGCUGUUCACGAAGUUUCUUUUGGCGAAACAGGCUGAGGACGGUUUCUGUUCUCGAGUUCUCGACGAGUGUGAUACCAGUCAAGUGUCGGCUAUACCUGGGUUGCCGUACUCCUUCCAGGUUCGUGAGGGUCUGCUGUACCGUGUGAGACCCAAUGUCCCUAUUGAUGACGGUCCUCGCUGGCAGUUGGUUGUCCCCCGGGAUCUAGUGGGGGAACUAUCCUUGGCGGUCCAUCAAGAAUGCGGCCAUGCUGGUUUGACGGCUACUUUGGCAGGACUAUAUGGAGUGGCCUGGGCGCCUGCUAUGCGGAAACUGGCUCGCAAAGCCCUUAGAGGAUGCUUGAGCUGUGCUCUUACCAGAGAUUGUGGAAGCCGAGCUCAGAUUUCUUAUGGGGCGAGCAGGAUCCCGACGGCUCCCUAUGACUGUGUGGGAAUCGACAUGUAUGGGCCACUUCGCGCCCUGGGAAUCCCAGGGCCGGGAUAG